GAAAAAGAGUGAGAGGAAAUAUUGGGCUUAUCUUUUGGGGCUUCAGAUGUGACUUUAACAUGAAGACUCUUAUUAAAAUAGUCUCGUGCUUUCUGAUGAUCUCACAGCUCACUGAUGGAGCAACGUUUCAGGGAAAUCGAGCAGACACUGAGCCUGAAGCCAAGAUGAAGAUGCGAUAUGAACCUAAAUCAGUCUUCAGGGUUUACACUGAUGGAGAAUACAUAGAGGAUACAUGCGCACUGGAGCUCUUCCAGCCUCACACACUGGACGCCUGUGGCUUCAACAGCAGCCUUCCUCUCGCUAUCAUCAUUCAUGGCUGGUCGGUAGACGGAAUGAUGGAGAAAUGGAUUUCUCGGCUGGCAUCAGCACUGAAGAGCUCAGAGGGAAACAUCAAUGUGCUGAUUGCAGAUUGGCUGACUCUGGCACACCAGCACUAUCCUAUAGCAGCGCAGAACACACGAAUAGUGGGACAGGACAUUGCCCACCUGCUGAGCUGGCUAGAGGAUUUCAAACAAUUUCCUCUGGGAAAAGUUCAUUUGAUUGGCUACAGUCUUGGAGCUCAUAUAUCUGGAUUUGCUGGGAGUAACCUAGCUAUGUCUGGGAGAACCCUGGGAAGAAUUACUGGUUUGGAUCCUGCCGGUCCGAUGUUUGAGGGAAUGUCUCAUACUGACAGACUCUCACCGGAAGAUGCUAAGUUUGUGGAUGCCAUCCAUACAUUUACCCUGCAGCGCAUGGGACUCAGUGUGGGCAUCAAACAGCCUGUGGCCCACUUUGAUUUCUACCCCAAUGGAGGAUCAUUUCAACCCGGAUGCCAGCUGCACAUGCAGAACAUUUAUGCACAUUUAGCUCAGCACGGGAUAAUGGGAUUCGAGCAGACGGUCAAGUGUGCCCAUGAGCGCGCCGUGCAUCUCUUCAUUGACUCCCUGUUGAACAAAGACAAGCAGAUAAUGGCCUACAAGUGCAGCGACAACACCGCUUUCGAUAAAGGCAACUGUCUGGACUGCCGAAAGAAUCGCUGCAACACUUUGGGUUAUGACAUCAAGAAAGUGCGCACUGGCAAAAGCAAGAGGCUGUUUCUCAAAACCCGUUCACACAUGCCAUACAAAUUGUUCCACUAUCAGUUCAGGAUCCAGUUCAUCAACCAGAUUGAUAAGAUCGAUCCCACUCUCACAGUCUCUCUAACCGGGACACUUGGAGAGAGUGAAAAUCUCCCCAUAACACUUGUCGAGGAGAUUUCAGGUAACAAGACCUUCACGUUGCUCAUCACUCUGGAUACAGACAUCGGUGACCUGAUGAUAAUGCGCUUCACGUGGGAAGGAAACCCAGUGUGGGCAAACAUGUGGAACACAGUUAAGACCAUCAUACCCUGGGGCAAAAAGAGCAAAGGACCGCAGCUUACUUUUGGGAAGAUUACCGUGAAAUCUGGAGAGAGCCAGAGGAAAACAACGUUUUGUCCUCAGACAGACGAAGGCUUGAGCAUCGAGAUGUUGCAGGAGAAAGUGUUCGUGCGCUGUGAAAAACAGAAACCGGGGGGGAUAAAACACACUCACCUCAGACACUUUCACAUCCAGUCGGACUUGUCUUUUUGGAUGGGGGACAGCUGAAUUUCCUGUAAUAUAGCCUAUAUGCUUCGUGUUUUUACUUUUGUAUUGUUUAAAAAAUUAAAGAAUGGUCAAAUUUA